GGAAUGACCAUGGAUAAAAGUGAGCUUGUACAGAAAGCCAAACUUGCUGAGCAGGCUGAGCGCUACGAUGAUAUGGCUGCAGCCAUGAAGGCAGUCACAGAACAGGGACACGAACUCUGCAAUGAAGAGAGGAACUUGCUCUCUGUCGCCUACAAGAAUGUGGUAGGUGCCCGCCGCUCUUCCUGGCGUGUCAUCUCCAGCAUUGAGCAGAAGACGGAGAGGAAUGAGAAGAAGCAACAGAUGGGCAAAGAAUACCGGGAGAAGAUAGAGGCGGAACUGCAGGACAUCUGCAAUGAUGUCCUGGAGCUGUUGGACAAAUACCUCAUUCCCAAUGCUGUACAACCAGAAAGUAAAGUGUUCUAUUUGAAAAUGAAAGGAGAUUAUUUUAGAUAUCUUUCUGAGGUGGCAUCUGGAGACAAUAAACAAACCACUGUGUCGAACUCCCAGCAGGCUUACCAGGAAGCAUUUGAAAUUAGCAAGAAAGAAAUGCAGCCUACACACCCAAUUCGACUUGGCCUGGCACUAAAUUUCUCAGUCUUUUAUUAUGAAAUUCUAAAUUCUCCUGAAAAGGCUUGCAGCCUGGCAAAAACGGCGUUUGAUGAGGCGAUUGCUGAAUUGGAUACACUGAACGAAGAGUCCUACAAAGACAGCACUCUGAUCAUGCAGCUACUUAGGGACAAUCUCACGCUGUGGACGUCGGAAAACCAGGGAGAUGAAGCAGAUGCUGGGGAGGGCGAGAACUAAUGUCUACUGUGCUUCGUGAUCUUCUCAGUGUCACUCUGUACCUUCUACAUAUAUCCCUUUGUGCGAUAAAAAAAAAAAAAA